GAGUUCAAGCACAAAUGCCGACAGCUUUCGUUCACUAUGCUCAGCACAUGAAUUGGACGGAGACAAGCAACAUACAUCAGCCCCACAAUGAAACUGUUCCGCUUCCUUGCUCUGAACAUGGUGUCAGUGUUCCUGAGCCAUCAGAUGGCAACCCAACAAUCGACCGACUGCAAGCCAUGCAUCUGUAAACAACGGCAUGCUGACUGCUCCAGCAGGAGUCUCAAGGCGGUUCCUCAACGUUUGCCCACUGAUAUAAUAUAUCUUAGUCUGAGGAAUAAUUCACUGGAGGAAAUUAAAUGCAAUAGUUUCAAAAACUACGCUUCUUUAACUGAACUGGAUUUGAACAGCAACUAUCUAAGUCUCUCUUCCGAUGUUUACAGUCCUUGUGCGUUUUCUGGUCUGGUGCAGUUACGUAUUCUCAGACUCUGCGGCAACUGUGAUUCAGCCUUAAACACGACAUUAACCUAUACCUAUCCUGACAAACCGCUCAGUCACGCCACGUCGUUGGAAGAGCUGUACAUUGACGGUAUACCUAAACCCCGGAUGGGAAAAGGCUUCAAAAAGCUGGCUAAUCUGACAAAACUAAUAUUCACGGGUCGCUGUAACCUGCUGUAUAUACAAGAACACAUGUUUGCCACAACACCGAAUCUUCGAUUACUGAAUCUAUCAAGUUGUCAUAUUUACGACAUCCACAAUAAGGCGUUUUCUCCUCUGAAGAACAUUCAUACCAUAGAUGUGUCUGGAAACACUGGCUUGGGUCUUUCAAACGGAACCAUGUCUACUUAUGGGAUGAUUGGAACUAAAAUUAAAGUUUUGAAGAUGAACAAAAUUGUUUUGCCCUUCACGAUUGGCGUGGUUGCAAAAAACACAACGUUCAUGUAUUUGAAACAUACGUGUAUUCAAAGGCUUUAUAUUGGACAUAACUUCAUAGAGGCACUGGAAGAAGGUGUAUUUGACUUCUACCCUUCAUCACUAGAGCUACUAUCUAUUGUAGACAAUCGUUUCACGGUCGGUGCUUAUGUGUAUAAUGUUCGUAAAGCAAAAGGGUUGAAGAGUCUUGAUAUGAGUGAUAUGAGCAUUACUCAUAAUUUCUUUUGGGAGUUCCCAAACCACCUACGGAUGAAGCGACACUUGGAACAGAUGUUUCAUGGUCCUCCUGAUCUUGAAAACGUCACUGUCAGAAACUACGAAAUGAAGUCAGUUAUUCCAGACAUGCACAUCAACCUACCCAAGAUAACAUUCUUGGAUGCUUCCAAUAACGUUAUGACAAAAUGGAUAGGUCCUAUUAAAGGUUUAGAAUCUCUAAAACGAGCAGAUUUGUCAAACGCCUUCUGUUCUUAUAUUAAAAAAAGCUUCUUUUCUGCAUUUCCAAAUUUAACGUUUUUGAACAUUUCAAAUAAUUUGAUAGGUGAUGCACUACGUAAACUCAGAAAUGAUAGUGGGACCAUCUUCCAAAGCUUGACAAAGAUAGAAAUCCUUGACCUUUCGGCAAGUAGAAUCCGUCGUCUUCAUCGAAGCAUAUUUGAAUUCAACACAAAACUAACUUAUUUAGAUCUCAGCAACAAUGAACUCACUUGCUGGGAUCCUGAUAUUAGACAUUUGAAAAGCUUAAAGUAUCUGGAUUUAAGCCAGAAUCAAAUCUUGACACUUGAAGUAAACUUUCGUGAAUCUUUGGAAACCCUUUCAAACAAUCUUACUGUAGAUAUUUUGCAGAACCCACUCUCAUGUAUCUGUGACAAUGUGGCUUUCCUCUCUUGGCUCUUUAAAAAUAGAAAACAUUUCAGAAAUGUGAGUAAUUAUACGUGUAAUUUAUAUGAAUACAAAAUUGACUUGACCGAAGAAUUUGUAGAUGCCUUACAAAAGCAAUGUAAGCCACUUUUCGGAAUUAUAACGAGUUGCCUUGUUGGCAUAACGUUUACUCUGUCAUUGUCUGUGCUGGCCCUGUUGUACAGGUAUAGAUGGAGGCUCAGGUAUCUCUACUAUGUUGCUAGAGAUCGUUACCGUCCCGUCAGAGCUAGCGAGAGAGAGGAACAUGAGUUUGUUUUCGAUGCCUUUGUGUCUUCUUCUGAUGAAGACUUUGACUUUGUGGACAAGUUGGUUAGUGAGCUUGAAGGACAGGGAAGGCGGCUGUGCAUUCACCACAGAGACUUCAAACCCGGAGAACCAAUCACUUCGAACAUCGUGAAAGCUGUGCAGACGAGCAGACGAACACUCAUCAUUCUUUCUCCAAAUUUCCUGUCAAGCGAAUGGUGUCGAUAUGAGUUUGAGAUGGCGAAAAUGGAAGGUGUUUAUGAAGCUCGGAGCGUUAUUCUUAUUGUAAAGAUUGGGGAGGUGGAUGCACAAUGUGUUCCUCGUGAGCUCUUGUACAUGAUGAAAACCGACUCGUACACAGAGUGUCCAGAAAACCCCGAGGAUCAGGCCACAUUCUGGACAGCUCUGAAUGAAGCCAUUGCGAACUAGGACGACGGUGAUUACUUCUAAGACCUACCUCUGAAGAUCCGGGUUACAAUAGGUCGUCAGCAGCCCAUGCUUGACGCAGGGUGCGAAUGAAUGGGUCAUCAGACUCGCUAACUCGCUCGCAUGGUAUCCAACUUGGGUUUAUUUACAGACUGCUGCGAUAUAUCUUCCUUGAGAGGCAUGUUAGAAGGUGCAUAGAUGAAGAAAAAACAAGAUCUGUGGAAAGUCUACUUCUUUAUUGCAAUGAGUGCAACGUUUCGGUGUAGGUACUAACACCGUUAUCAAUCAAGCGUCAUAUGCUGCCUUAAGCUGGAAUAUGGCUUGGUGCUGCCAACAAACAAAAUCUUGAAGACCUAUAUUUUAAGAGAAUAGUUAUGAACGAAUGUUGUUGCUUAUUAUCUUAUAUUUAGCUGUAUAUUAUUAUGGAGAUAAGUUUCUGUAUAUUAUAUCGAUU